UGCCUUCAAGACUUCAUUUGUGUUUGUGGUCUGUGCUUCAAGUUAAACUUAAAUGUCAAAAAACUCGUGCUAUUAUUUAAAAAGCUUACAAUAUCAAUGAUUUUUAAUUAAUUUAACAUUAGUUUGGUGUGAUAAUUAAAUCAAAAAGGUGCUAUGAAGGCCUAUAUGUAGUUUAAUAUUUAGAUAUACGAAAAACAUGGAGAUAAUAGAAAAUACAGAGAUUGAUAAAGACACAGUUUCUUCUAAAGAACUGGAGUCUUUAUUCAGCAAAAAAUACAAUUUGCUGGCCGAAACAGCAGUUACACUAAAGAAAACCUAUAUUAAUAAGUUAAGUGUUUCAAAAUCAAUGAACAUUGCAGUCCGCCUACUCGACAACAGUAUAGAAGUAUACAGACUAGACAAGUCUUCCCUCUCCAAAGUGUGCCGUCUUAGUGGUCACCAGCAAUCACUCACAGAAGUAGUGUUCAGCACUAAGGAGGAUCAUCUGCUGUACUCAUCCGGGGACGGCGGGGUCAAACUGUGGGACACCAGGACCAGUGGCCUCUGUGUACAGGAAUAUAAAGAUGAAGAAAGACAGCCCCACAGCUACACGUGCAUGGAUGUGUCGUGCUCGGGACGAGUCAUCUGUGCUGGCACCGAGACUGAGCAAAAUGACGCUUACCUGGUAUUCUGGGACCAGAGGAAAGCGGAGCCCCUGGGGGGAUAUUGGAAUUCACACACAGAAGAUAUCACACAGGUGAAGUUCCACACAGACAAAUCAGAGACACUUGCAUCGGGUUCGUUAGACGGCAUCAUUAACAUAUACAACAUAGAAGAGGGGACAGAGGAUGACGCCUUGCAGUACACCCUGAACGUGGACCACGCAGUGGAGAAGCUCACGUGGCUGGACCACUGCCGGCUGUCGUGCGCCACGCAGUACAAUGACCUGCAGAUAUGGGACACCACUACAGCAGACAAACUGAAGCAUUAUGAUAGAGAGAAGAUUUGUCGCAGUAUUAAAAGGAGCCGAGCGGACGAGUGCCACGUGGCGGACGCGUACCUCGGCGCCGACGGCCGGCCCGUCGUGCUGGCCGGCUCCGUGGCGGGCGACGGAGGCGUUCUGCGCUCGGUGCGCGUGUCGACCAAGAGCAACAAGCUGGAGCCGCUCACCAACUUCGCGCACAACAAGCAGCUGGUGCGCUGCGCCGCCUACGACAAGCAGAGAGACAUACUGGUGACGACCGGCGAGUCGGGCCUCAUCGACGUGUGGGGCGGAGUCACCGACGGGUCCGACGAGCCCGACGAGGAGGCCGUGCCCAAGAAGCUGCACAAGAGCUUGCGUUUGAGCGACAAGAGGCACAAGCCCUAUUGAGUUACCGACUUUCCUGCUACCGAGGGAGAGCCAGCGACAACCAGACCUUCGUCAUUUUAUAAAAGCUGAAAGUUUAUCAGCUCAUGCUUCUUCUAUAGAUGAGUACUGUAACCAACUAUGAAUUUUGGAACAUAGUGGCUUUGGGAGAUAGCAGGUUUCAAGAAUCCAGACCCUCAGCCAUCUAACCACUAUAGGGGUCAUCAACUAGCGACUGCAACUACCUUGAUACUUCAUGAAUAUUGGUAUUUUGUUUGUUUUAAAUUAAAAAAUGUUAUUGUCUACACAACAUCAUACUAUUUUCAUGCUACUUCUAACAAGUUAGCCCGCUUCCACCUUAGAUUACAUCAUCACUUACCAUCAGGUGAGAUUGUAGUCAAGGACUAACUUGUAAACAAACAAAAAAAGACUGAUAUAAUAAUAAUAAUAAUAAUAAUAAUAAUUUAUUUAUUCAUGAGAAAGUACAGAAGGUUUACAGAACUUGCUAUAGACAUACAUACUUUCUACCUUGACAGGUGUAUGAAUAUUAAAAAUAAUAUUAUACUAACUAAUAAUUCCAUAAUUCCAAUAAUUAAAUAUUCAAUCGGUGAACAUGGUAUAAAUAAAAAAAUAAAAAAAUACAAGUACAAUUAGCAUAAUUUGACGAAGCAUUCUUAACAUCAAAUAUAAAUAAUUAAUAUACUAUCAGAAUCCAUUAAAAUUAAACAAUGUCAAUAUAAAUGCUAUGUCAGGUGUAAUGCAACAUUAAAUCAAUCAAUGUCAUAUAAUUAAAAAAAUGAAGUCAAAAAUUAAAAAUUAAUGUCAGAAAUUAAAAUUAAAAUUGUCAAUAAUUUAUAAGAAAAUCAUAACUGAUUAUAUUUAUUGUUGCAUUCAGAAUUUGUCAUUUAAAAAGUCUUUUACACAGUAAUAAUUUUUAUAUAAUAAUAAUUUCAAUAAAUAUUUUUUAAAAGACAAAAAUGACAUGUCAUAACUGUGCGGUGGCAACUUAUUAUAAAUACGUAUAGCUGAGCAAUACACAUUAUCCCUAUACAAGGCCAAGUGUUGGUAGGGUACACAUAAUUUAUUUUUGAGCCUUGAUUCUGGGUUUAAUUCUGAUUUAAACUUGAAAUAUUCGGGAUUCUUUUUUAUUAAAAUGCAGAUUUCAAAUAUGUACAAACAUGGAAGUGGUAGAAUUUUUAGCUUCUUAAACAAAGGCUUGCAGCUAUCCGUCCAAUCAGCAUUACAUAUAGCCCUAAUGCAACGUUUCUGUGCCUUAAAUGCUAGAUGCGCUUCAGUUGAAUUACCCCAAAGUAUCAAUCCAUAUCUUAAUAAGGAAGAGGCGUAACCAUGAUAUGCUAGAAUUGCUGCAUCCACAGAUACAACUUGCCUUAUGCGUCUUAAGGCAUAUACAUAUUUGUCAAUUUUUAGAAUAAGUUGUUGAAUAUGAGCCUUCCAAUUACAAUACUUAUCUAAUGUAAUACCUAGAAAUUUAUUUUCAUCCACUUCCUGAAUGCACGUAUCAUUUAGUUUUAUAUCAAUCUUUUGUAGUUGAGAUUUAUAAGUUUGAAAUCGCAUUAUAUUCGUUUUGCCCAUGUUAACAUUUAAAUUAUUAUUUUUAAGAUAUUCCACCACACCUGUUAUUGCACCUUUUAAUUCACUUUCAAUAUUUUGAUGUUGUUUACAUUUAAUUAACAGGGUGGUGUCGUCUGCGAAAAGGAUACAUUCAUGAUUUGUUGUAUUAGGCAAAUCAUUAAUGUAAAGGAGAAAAAGUAAGGGUCCAAGAACACUGCCCUGUGGUACUCCAAAUCUAUUUUCUCGAUAACACGAUCGAAAUAUUAUUUUAGUAGUACCGACAAUGUUACAAAUUUCAACACAUUGUUUCCUAUCCCUUAAAUACGAUUCGAACCAAUCAUGUGCUGGUCCUCUUAUGCCAUAAUGUUCCAGUUUCUUGAGAAGAGUAUUAUGUUCAACAAAGUCAAACGCUUUGCUCAUAUCAAGGUAUACUGCUAUAGGAGCUACACCUUCAUUAAGGCUUUCUGUCACACUUUUGAUUAAUGAAAAGCACGCUAAUGUAGUAGACUUAUUUUUCCUAAAUCCAAACUGUUCAGUUUUCAAAAUAUCACAAGUCGACAAAAAGCUGUAUAAUUUAUUGUACAUGACCCUUUCUAUAACUUUGGAUAUUAUUGGUAUCAAAGUGACAGGUCUGUAAUUAUUUAUAUCCAUUUUGUCCCCUUUUUUGAAGAGCGGUUUAACUAUAGAGUACUUCAGGCGUGAAGGAUAAUGCCCUUGAACAAUACUCAAAUUUAUAAUGUGGCUUAGAGGAGGAGCUAAUACAGAAGCUGUCUCUUUCAAAACUCCAGUGUUAAUAUUAUCGUAACCAGUAGAUGCUGUAUUCUUUAAUGCUUUUAUUAUUUUGUAUAUGUCGAAGUAGCUUACAGGGCUUAAAAAUAUACUAUUAGGAUUAAAAGGAAUGUCAAUCUUAAAAUUAUGUUUGUCCGAUUUUUUAUUAGUGUUAUUUACUACAUUAAUGUAAGAAUUAUUAAAUUUUUCACAAAUUAUUUUAGGGUCUGUAUAAAUUUCAUUAUCAUGUCUAAUUUUUAAUAAGUUAUUAUUUACAUUAGUCUUAUAAUUAAAGUUGUUCUUUAUUAUCUGCCAAGCUGACCUACAAAUGUUAUUGGACUGUUGUAAUUUGUUGUGAUUGUUUAUACGUCGCGCAGUCCCUAUACAUCUCUUAAGUAUUGAAGAAUAUUUACGGUAUUUCAUCUUAUAAUUUUUUUUCAUUGCUUUAGAUUUCGAAAGAUGAUAUCUUAAAUAUAAACUUCUUUUACGAAUACAACAUCUUUUGAUAUUUUUAGUCAUCCAUUUUUGCUCUAUAACUUUAUUUGAGACUUUAACUGUUAUUAUUGGAAAGCAUAAGUUAUAAAACAAAAUAACCAGCUCAUGAAAUUUAUUGAAUGCUUUUUCUGCAUCUGAUUCCUCAUAAAUUUCAUUGAAACUCAAGGACGACAUCACUUUUAAGAAUUUUUAUAGUCAUUAUUACUCUAAUUUUAGGACUAGAAAAGACUAGUAGGACUCGAAAAGGAUACAAAUAAAACGUCAUUUGUUUAAUAUACCCAUCUUUAUUAAUUAUCUUUAUAUAGCACUUUAUUAAUUCAAAAAUAAAAAAAGAUCUAUUCAAAUAAUAUAUUAUAAUUAUUAAUUAUUAAAUUCAGCUAAUAUACGUAUUAAAAUAAUCUAUUUGUGAAAUACAGUCAUAACAAACUCACACCUGCACUAAAGCUAUCGUGCAACGAAACUAAAUAUAGUCCUAAUGUUGAAUAGAAGCAGGCGUUGCUUCACGGAAGUUCAUUAUGAGCAAUUGUUUUAUUUUGCGUUUCUCGAAAUUAGAAUUUAAUCAGAAGCACCCAGUCCCGAGAAAAUAGGCGAUUCCUUUUUGUAAUUUU